UGUCACGCUAUUGAUGAUUUCAGCCCGCAUCUGGGCACCAUUCCUGCAUCCCUAUACUUCCGUUUGUUGCAAUACUACGACGGGUUCUCCUCGUCCGGUACCAGUCAGACCACGGCAAAGUUCUGCUUGCAUUCUCCACCCAUUGUCAGCCAGGAAUCAGUCCCGAUGCGGGACAACCCCGUCUCACACCCCUUCGACGAGUCAAUCGACGCAGACACCCUCAUUCGCUCCUCAGACGGUAUCAUAUUCCAUGUGUCUCGAGCCUUUGUUGGCUUCUCCUCCCGUGUUCUGAGGAAGAAGCUCUCCGACAAGGAGUCGACCGCACCAGAUACUCCCUCCUCCGGCGAUCUCAUGGGCAGUCCGAGUCGUUCCCUCGACCUUCCCGAAUCUGGUCGCAUUUUGGUGCUCUUAUUGCAGCUGUGCUAUCCCAUGCCUGAUCCCGAGAUCGAGGAUGGACUGGAUGGCUCGGAUGACAAACUUCGAAUCACGCGCCGUCUCCUCCAGGCUGCGACAAAGUACGAGGUCGCGAGAGCCAUCGAGUUCGCCAAGCGCACUUGCAUUGCCCUUCAAUCAGUACAUCCUGUUCGUGUUUAUCUUCUUGCGUCGUGUUACGGUUGGGACGACGUGGCGAAGGAAACAGCAAGGCGUUCUGUAUACGACGCACCCGACAGUUACGUUCCAGAGAUGGAGAUAGCAUUUGCUGUGGCGUACCGCCGGCUACUCACCUACCACCAGAAGUGUCGUGACAUCAUUCUUGCUCGCGUUGACACGUUCAACGGCAUGCCGGCAGCACGGAGCACAUAUUGGAGCAAGACAAGCUGGUUGAACGAGCAGAGCGUCGUUGCUUUCUGGUCAUCCGUUCAUCAGCGCUUGCACGAAAAUGUCGCUGCCGGACAUGGGCCUCGCCUUGAUGCACGCACACUUUUCCCUGAUCCAUUAAACCGGUCACAGUUCCUGCUAAUGAUGGAUGGAACUCGGGAGGUACCGAUGACGUUGGUCGCCGCCAUCUACGUUUAACUACACAGGCGGUUACGGAAGCUGCAGAAACACUCGCGCAGGUGGAACUUCAAGCUUCAUCCUCAGGACCCGCUGUGAGUAUAUAGCACGAACUGGCAGGUGCGCUGUACCUGGAAAUGCAUACUUUGUAUAACACAUACGUGAACAAGUUCAACAAGUCAAUGCAAC